GAGGGACCCGGGGAGCGCGCGCGGCCGGCUGGACAGGCGUGAGCCCGCCGUGGCGGCAUGAGACGGCUCUGAGCACGGCCAGCGUGCACAGGAUGGCUGCUCCGGGCAGGGCGGCGCGCCGCCUGCCGCUGGUGCCCUGCUUGGUCGUGCUGCUAGGACUCUUGCGUCUUUCGGAUGCGGCGGCAUGCAAAGGCUGCGUGGUCCAGAACUGCAUCUGCGAGGGCGAGAAGGGCUACGUGGGCAACCCUGGCAUCCCGGGCCUGCAGGGCUCGCAGGGCUUCCCGGGCGACAUGGGGCCUGAGGGCCCGAUCGGCCCGCUCGGCAUGAAGGGCUCGCGCGGCGAGGAGGGCGCCCAGGGCGCGAAAGGAGACCGCGGUGGCCCGGGAGUGCACGGCUUCACUGGAGCGCCCGGCAUUCUGGGUCUGCCCGGUGACAUCGGUAACCGUGGAGCCGGGGGCUUCCCCGGCUGCAACGGCACGGACGGCGAGAGGGGCCUGCCCGGCCUGCCGGGCCUCAGCGGGCCGCGGGGCCAGCCAGGCGCUGCUGGACUGCGUGGCCCGCGGGGUGACCCCGGCGACGGCGGCGUCAACUCGAUCGGCAUCAAGGGCGCGGUUGGCGACAGCGGACGGCCCGGCAUCGAUGGACUUCCAGGUCUAGAAGGACCCAAAGGAUACAGAGGAUACCCUGGUGAUAGCGGAGAACGCGGCCCAGAGGGACUGCCGGGUCUUCCUGGCCCAAAGGGAGAGCAAGGCAUCCAAAAGGUGGGCCCGCCGGGCCCGAAGGGCGAGCAGGGAGACCAGGGUCCCACUGGGCCCGGAUCUCCGGACGGCGGCUUCACCUCAGCAGAGGAGGAGCGAGACUUCGCCGGACCCAAGGGCUACGUGGGCCCGAAGGGCUCGCAGGGCGAUAAGGGUCCGGCCGGCCGGCGCGGUGAGGACGGCAAAUCCGGUGCGCCCGGCCCGCCCGGCAACAAGGGCGUGCGCGGCCUGCGUGGUGACGAGGGCCGCCACGGCAAGCAGGGGCGACCUGGCCCACCAGGCGGCUACGGCAACAAGGGUGCCAAGGGCGCGCCUGGCUACACCGGCCUGGACGGCACGCCGGGGCGGCUGGGCGCGCGUGGCGAGCCCGGCUUCGGAGGCCAGCCCGGACCGCAGGGCGACGUCGGCCCCAAGGGCUUCUACGACCCGGUGAUCGCUGAGGCGAUGAAGGGCUCGCGUGGUGUGCAGGGCGACCCCGGCCCGGUGGGGCCCAAGGGCGAGAGCGGCCUGCCAGGCCGCGAGGGCGCGCUCGGCUUCCCCGGGUACCCCGGCCGGCCGGGCCCGGACGGGCCGACGGGACCACGCGGCCGACCGGGCAUCGUCAUCAACGGCGACCAGGGCGACGACGGUCUGUCCGGUCCGCCGGGCCCGUUCGGCCCGACGGGCCCGAUCGGCCAGCCCGGCUUCCCGGGCCUGCCGGGCUCGCCGGGCCUGAGCGUGACCGGGCCGCCCGGCCAGGACGGCAUCCCCGGUCGGCCGGCGCUCGACGGCAUGCCCGGCGAGCGUGGAGACCCCGGCUUCGCAGGCCGGAAAGGGUCAGCCCGGCAUCGGCGUGCUCAAAACGGGUCCCCCGGGCGAACCGGGACGGCCGGGAGUUCCCGGCCGGCCGGGAUCAACCGGCCCGGAGGGCAUCCCAGGAGUGCCGGGCGUCAAGGGCGCCAGUGGCGAUUCUCACCGUGCCAGAAGGGAGAAGCCGGCGACACGGGCCGGCCCGGCCUGGUGGGCGUGCAGGGCCCAGGCGAGUACGGUGACCAAGGGCCGCCUGGUCCGGAUGGUGUGGACGGCUUGGCGGGCCGGCCCGGCCUGGACGCCGACCGCAGCCUCCUGCCGCAGCUAGUCGGAGACAAGGGCUUAGAGGGUUUCCGCGGUCAGAUCGGAGAGGAGGGCGACGAGGGCCUAGUCGGCGAGCCCGGCGACUCCAACCUGCCAGUGCGCAUCGGCGAAACGGGCGAGGACGGCGACGUCGGCCGGCCUGGUUUGCCGGGGCUGAAGGGUCAGCCAGGGUUCGCCGGCGACCCAGGCGUGCCCGGCCUGCGCGGCCUGCCCGGCUUCCCUGGCCGAUCCCUGCGCGGCGCGGACGGCCUCAAGGGCUACCCGGGCCUCAGUGGCGACGGGGCGCGAGGGCCGCCGGGUGACUCCAUCCCCGGCCGGCCCGGUCUGCCAGGCUUCACGGGCCAGCGGGGUCUGCCCGGCCUCUUCGGCUUCCCCGGCCUGAAGGGCGCGGACGGCCUGCCCGGCGGAGGCGGGCCCGGCCGGCCCGGCCAGGAGGGGCCCAAGGGGGACAGAGGCGACGACAUUCUGCAGCCAGGCCCGGCCGGCCCGAAGGGCUUCUCGGGCCGCCCCGGCUUCCCGGGACCUCCGGGUGACCAGGGCGACGAGGGCCUGCAGGGUGCGCCUGGCCUAGACGGCCUGCCGGGCGCGCUCGGAGACGGCGUCGAGGGCCAGCCGGGCCUGCCUGGCCAGAGGGGAGAACCUGGCAGGCCGGGCACCUUCGGGCAGACCGGGUUCAAGGGCCUGCCCGGCCCAGCGGGCCAGGCCGGCUUCCCCGGCUUGCCCGGCCUCAAGGGAUUCCCCGGAGACCUAGCCGCAUUCGGUCUGAAGGGCGGCCGCGGCGAUCCAGGCCCGGACGGCCCGCCGGGUCGGCCGGGCGCGCGCGGUCGCAUGGGCAAGCCGGGCCCCGACGGCCUGCCGGGCCUGCAGGGCGACGAGGGCCGCAGCGGCAGGGCCGGCCGGCCCGGCGCCGCCGGCUUCAAGGGCAUGGUGGGCGUGCCGGGCCGCGACGGCAACCCGGGCGUGUCGGGCCCAGUCGGCCGGGUCGGCGCCCCCGGCGAGCCGGCAUCGGCGGGCCCGCCGCCGCGGCCGCGUGGCUUCCACUUCACCCGCCACAGCCAGACGGCGUCGCUGCCGCAGUGUCCGCCCGGCUCGGUACGCCUCUGGGACGGCUUCUCGCUGCUGCACGUCACCGGCAACUCCAAGGCCCACGGCGCCGACCUCGGCACCCCAGGGUCCUGCAUGCGCAAAUUCUCCACCAUGCCGUACCUGUUCUGCAACAUCAACAACCAGUGCGAGUACGCUCAGCGCAACGACUACAGCUACUGGCUGAGCACGCCGGAGCCGAUGCCCAUGAUGAUGACACCGAUCCGGGGGAACGAAAUCCAGCCGUACAUCUCGAGGUGUUCGGUGUGCGAGUCAGACACCCUGGUGAUAGCCAUCCACAGCCAGAGCAUGGACGUGCCGGAGUGUCCGCGGAACUGGGAGAGCAUAUGGAUCGGCUACUCCUUCCUCAUGCACACGGACGCGGGCGCCGAAGGCGGCGGCCAGUCGCUCGUCUCUCCCGGCUCCUGCCUGGAGGACUUCCGACCCACGCCCUUCAUCGAAUGCCACGGCCACGGUCGCUGCAACUACUUCACCACCGCCUUCUCCUACUGGCUGGCCACCAUCGAGGAGCCAAUGCAGUUCCGGAAGCCCGAGCAGCAGACGCUGAAGGCGGGCAGCCUACGCACGCGCGUCUCGCGCUGCGCCGUCUGCCGCCGGCGGAAGGACAGCGCUCGGCGGCCAUCGUUCGAGAGGGCGCCCUUCGAGAGGCCGUCGCUCGAGAGGGCGCCGUUCCAGAGGGCGCCGUUCGAGAGGCCGCCGUUCGAGCGGCCCGAGGCGCAGUAGCGGCGCCGACCGGGCCGCGGCGCCAACGCUCUGCCCGCCGCGCCCACCGCUUUGUGUGGCUUCAGCUUCUUGUGAUAUAUUCCGAGUGCGGAGUGCGACGCGCCGGCCGGCGGCGAGCAGUCUCCCGUGGAGCGCGCUGGGUGGACGCGGCGUGGAAGAGCGCGUGGAAGAGCGCGUGGGCGUAACCAUCAUUCGGAUCCGUGGGGUCCCGCCCUAAAACCUGGGCAGAUCGUCAUGACAUGCUGCGCCUCGCUCGUACAAAAUAGCCUCAAAGCAGUUCGAACUUCACUCAAAUCGGCGCCGCACCCCAGGGGGCCGAAUAUGUGGUUACGCCCCAUGCGUGCGAUCGGCGCACGUGCGUCCGCGUGCGUGUCUGCCCGGUACUGGCCGGUAGUGAGAGAGUGACGUCACAGGUGCCACGCCGCCGCCCGCUAGCUGCGGGGGUGUUCAGACAGGUGGCCGACCUGCGCAGAGGCCUCGCCUCUCCGCACGUGCACCGCCGCCGAAUUAGCUAUCACUGCCAUGUGUCCCACACCGGUCACUGCCACCAAGCACGGCGUGUUGGAUGGCAUAUCACAGGGUGAAUAGGAAACCGUGUGACCUGCGUUAGACAAAGUGUUGUCUCUGGCUUCGUUGAAUCCCGACUGAUGGUGCUUUGUCGAGUCUUCGUAAGAGUUGUAGCCCCUCGUAAGACAGGCAUUGAACAUAUGCGGAACCUGAAGCACUUAGAGCCGUCGACCUCAGUUGUAUCGUUGGAUGGCGCAUCAUGCUUCCUUAUCUUCUGUCAGAUAAUUCAAUACAAUGAAAAUCUUCA